AUGGUGCGCUGGGGCCGAGGCAUCGGCGGCGGCCCCAGCGCGGGGUUUCUUCAGUACGUCCCCGCGUGGGUCGUCCUCGCGGUGUGCCUCGCGGCGGUGCUCGCGUUCGCGUACGGACUGAGUAAGGUGAAGAGUUGGGGGUACAUCUGGCGAAAGAUCAAAACGUUCGGGGACCCGCAGCCCGAGGACCGACCGUUCGAGCGCGAGGACGAGGCGUGGGCGGAGGAGGGGCGCGCGAGGCGCGGGCACGGGGGCGGGCGCGGCGAGGGCGGCAACGGCGCGUGA